AUGUCUAUCUUGAUAACGUACCUCCAAAUCAAUUGGUCUCAUCCACAUUUUCAAAUAGCUGCCGUAGUUACCAAUGUGCAAGAAGGGGUAGCAGACAUAUUGGUGAUUUUCCUAGCUCAUUUCUCACACACAUUCGAUGGUGGUCUCAAAAUAAUUGCCACCACAAAUGCUGCCUAUAUUCUUGGGUUAUCUCUGUUAUGGCUUCCUAAUGAAUAUAAGCGCGAGGACUACGCAACAUUGGCCAGGAUAUUCUAUGGAGCUGUGGUACUAUUAACAUUAGGCGAAUCUGGGCGAUCCGCUGUUUUGGAAGAAUUUCUUAACAAGCAAUGUUUAAGCGAACAUAAAGAAACAGGACGCACAGAUGACAAACAACCGAAAGGAUGGGAAGAAGCUAGCGAACAGAAAGAUAUAACAGCAGAAAAGCAUACAGAAGCUGGAGGUGAUCAACAGGUGAUGAAAGAAACGGCAGAAAGGGAUAAAAAGGACUUCUGGGGUGUUCCAUGGUUUUUAGGUGCAGUGGUACCUCUUUUCCUUUUAAAAACAACUUGGACUCAGAUCUUCAUGAUUUCAACAAUUGCAAUGGCAGUUUCUUAUUUAUUGUUCUGGUUUGGCUACAACGAUUAUUUGAAAAACAAUAAAGAAGCACAAACAGGGCAUCCCCAAGUCACGGAAAGAGAGAACCUUUGGACACUGAACAAAAAGGUGAGGAAGAAAAAACGUUUGCGCAAAGAAAUUGUAGCUUCAUGGUUAGCCUUCUUUGUAUACAGUAUGGUAAAGGCAGCGGGGAGCACCUUCUUUUUCGAACAAAUGAGUAACUUGAAAAAUCCCAUCCACAAUUAUGACCCCGCAGUUUAUUUCAAAGUGCUUAGCUCCUUUUCGAAGUACAUAAUCUCAUUUCUCUUCCCCAAACUAAUUCCAAAGCGAACGCGGACAAGAAUUGGCUGUGGAAUGGCUUCUACUGUGUUAUGUUGCGUUGCUGCUUGGGUGGUUGAGAUCCACAGGAUGAGGAAAGUUACAAGGGCAGGGCUUGAAGAUGACACUUCAGAAACUAUUUCUAUGAGCAUGUUUUGGUUGGUUCCACAGUUCUUCCUGUUAGGACUUAUGGAAGGGUUAGCCGUAGAUGGAUUGAUUGAUCUUUUGGUUGAUAGAGUGGACGAGAAGGAUAAACAAAUGGUUAUGUAUUAUGGAUCCCACACCAGCGACUUAGUCGUGGGGACUGGAAAGUUAUUAACCGCUCUUAUUAUCUUGGCAUUAAGUAAAAUAUGGUUCAAUGACAGCAUAAAUCUGAGUCGUCUGGACAAGUAUUACAGACUGCUAACGUUUCUAAGUCUCUGUAGCUUCGUCUACUACUUUUGUGUGGCCUUUUACUUUUAUAGCAAGGAUGACACAGAAAACUCUGCCAUUGAAGAACAUGAACAAGGCCAUAAUGGAAGUGGAAAUAUGGAAAUGCGACCGUUUAGAUCUCUUAUAACACGAGUUAUUGUCGAUGAGUUUGUAAACAGAUUUAUAUGUGUUUAAAUUGCAUGCAUGUUUGUAUGUUUUUGGUGUCUUUUUCCUUGACCAAGAAGAGGAAACAACACCGCUCUGUUGUCUGAUGUUCAGUAUUUAAAAUUUAUAUCCUCAAUAUCUGUGCUUAAAAGA